AUGAGGAUUUUCCUGGUUUGGACCCUUUUCCCAGGUGGCUGGGCGGUGACAGGCCCCACGCAAGUGAUGGCUGAGCAGGGCAGCUCGCUGGCUGUGUCCUGCAGCUAUAAGCCGGGCUACGAGCUCUACCCCAAGUACUGGUGCCGCCUGGACUUCCUCUGGUUUUGCUUCACCUACAUUGUCCAAACCAACGGCUCGGAGGUGAUGGUGACGCAAGGCAGGGUGUCCAUCAGGGACAACCAUGCAGCAUGCUCAUUCACAGUGAUGCUGGGCGGUGUCAUGCUGGGAGACGCAGACUGGUACUCCUGCGGGCUGAGGAGGAGCCUGUGGUUCAACCUGUGGCACAACACUGAGGUGACGGUCUCCGCAGGUAAAGCCGGGCUAGGAGCAAAGCAAGGAUCUGUUUCAACCACAACCGAGGGCAGCAAUGUGAGCCUGUUGGCCACCAACCCCCUGUGCUCCACAGACUGUGGAGGGGACCCUCCAGUGCUGCCCCAGCUCGGCGUCACCUACCUGCUGCUCUUCCUCAGCGUGAAGGUGCCCGUGGCACUGGCCCUGGCAUGUGGGGCAGCCUGGGUGAGGAGCCGGCGCAGGAGCCACGACCAGGAAAACCUGUAG